UAAAAAAUUCCCCACUCACACACAACAUUCCUCCACCGACCAACUUCUUCGCCGUAUAUUAACUAACCUGCGCACCUGGUUAAUUAAUUAAGGAAAAAAAAAGGGGGAACGAGGAGAAAAAAGAAGAAACCCUAGAUUCUUCAAAACGAUGUCGUACGACGAUGUAGAGAUCGAAGAUAUGGAGUGGAACGAAGAGCUGCAGUCGUUCACUUACCCAUGCCCCUGCGGCGAUCUUUUCCAGAUAACGAAAGAGGAUCUUCGAAUCGGCGAGGAAAUCGCGCGCUGCCCUAGCUGCUCUCUCUACAUCACCGUUAUUUACAACAUGGAAGAUUUUCAGGACAAGCCGAACAAGAAAGCCGAGCCGCCUAAGCCGCAAUCCGUCGCCGUCGCCUGAAAAAAAAAAUUAAAUUCAGGUCAUGUGAAAUUUUUGAUUAUUUUUCCUAGUUUUUAUUUUUAUUUUUUAUUUUUCAGGCGGAUGUGUUUAAUUUGUGAGGAGUUUUGAUUUUGGUUUUGGUAUCAAUUUAGGGUUAGGGUUUUUUAUUUUAUUUUUGGGUGUUUCAGUUAGAUGAAAAUUUGUAUCUUGUGGAAUAGAGAAAACAGUGAUAGAAAAUUUCUACAUGAUUUUUACCUUUUUUUUUUUUAUUUUUUUUGGGUUAUAAAAAUUUGAGCUUGAAG